AUGUAUCUUCCACGAUCUUUGAUCUCGAAACUAUACAUCCACCUCCAGCAAACACGACACCCGCUCUCCCCACCUGUACUUAUUCUUGUCGCCCUCGAACCCGACGCUCUUUGUGCUUGCAGAAUUCUCACCCGAUUGCUCAAACAUGACUAUAUUCCUCACAAGAUCCAGCCCGUAUCCGGCUUUGACGAUCUUGAAAAAGCUGGUAAGGAAUUAGUCAUGCCCAUGAAAGAGUCUGAGGGUGGUAGCGGUGGUGUCGUCGUGUGCCUUGGGGUGGGAGGCAUGAUUGACCUGGGUAAAGCACUCGAGCUUGAUCUUCCAGGCGAUGAUGCUCCUUAUAGCGGCGUAGAGGUCUGGUUAAUGGACGCACGUCGGCCAUGGAAUCUUCAUAACGUCUUUGGCAGUUUCCCUCUGGAACCUGCAACCGAGAUAUCGUCCACGAACCAGUCAAGAAGCCCUGCUGGAGUCGAUGGUGGGAAGAUCACUCGCGUCUUUAAUCCUGGUAAAGGUGGCAUCAUCGUUUUCGAUGAUGGCGACAUUGAAGAAGACAUGGAACCUCAGCGUAACGCGUACCUUACAUUAGCAGACAUACCUGAAUUUGACGACGAUGGCGAUGACUUGGGAGACACCGAUGAUGAGGAAGGGGACGAUGACGAUGAGAAUGUUGACGGUAUUGGCCAAGGACCUACGCAUGCGGGUCAAAAACGCAAAAGCUGGUCAGAUGCAGAGGACGAUAGCGACGAUGACAGACCUCGACAACGACGAAGGAGUAAUUCGUCUAGUUCGAUUGCAGAGUCGCCACGGCGUCCACAACAGAGGGGCCUCCUCUCUGCACGGCAAGUUGAUAUGUCUAGCGAUCCAGCCGAGCCCCCUUCUGGAGCACAACCACCGGCAGGCCCGUCACCUCGUGCACUGCGCAGACGACUACGACGAAUUUUUGACGAGAACGAAACCAUCUGCAACCAGUAUUACAAAAUUGGAUGCUCCUUCUCGGAACCGCUAUCUUCGAUGAUGUAUUCUCUUGCUUCCGAGCUUGGUAGAGAAGACAACGAUCUCCUAUGGCUAACUAUAGUUGGUGUCACGUCUAUGGAAAUCUAUGGUCGCUCGUCAGCGGGUACUGCUGCGCCUGUCAGGCAAAGUGACAAGAGUCGUCCGACAGGCUGGCUAGGGAUUCGGGGGGCGAGGAUACGCCAGCUUCUCCGAGACGAAGUGAGACGUCUAAACCCUCCAGAAAUCACAAACGGGCGUGUUGCUGUGGAAAAUACUGGUGUUAUCCCCACCACAGCGAGAAACCCGGAAGACACAGGAAUUCGACUGUCCCCUGAGCCCAAAUUCUUACUUAUCCGCCACUGGAGUCUGUACGACAGCAUGCUGCACUCACCAUACCUUUUUUCACGUUUAAAAACCUGGAGUGAGACAGGAAUCAAGCGGCUUCACAAAUUGCUUGCAAAGAUGGGAGUCAGUCUUGCUCAGUGCAAGCAAAGCUAUACCCACAUGGACAUGAUGCUGAAGCGCGAGCUCAGGGCGAAAUUGCUAAAGUACGGCUCACUUUAUAAUCUCGAUGAGAUGGUACCGCCGGUCGACACAGAUGGCAAAGAUCGUGCCGGUGCUAAAGAUGGAUGGGGUUUUGUUCGUAGUUGGGGCUGGCGCGCAACAUUGAGUGCUCAGGACGUGGGAGUUGUCAUCGGCGCACUUUUAGAAGUUGGCAAGCAUGCUCAGAACGCAGAGUCCGCUGUAGUCGCAAGUCAAUCCAACCAAGAAACUGAGCAAGCCGAAUUGGCAGCUCAGGGAGAAGAAUGGGUUGAACAGUUCUGGGAGGCCUACGACGCGCUGGAAAACAUCGACGCGCUGAAAGCCGGACUCCCCACUGCUCAAUUUCUCCAUCGAGCAAUCUAUCGGACAGGGACUUCGCUCAUCAAGGACAAGCAAAUAAAACACCUUCGCGCAUUCCGCAUGUGUGUAGUCAAGGAAGGGCCUGACGUUUCGCUUUUCACACACCCCGCAGCACUUACCAAACUGGCACUCUGGAUAGGCGAGGCGCUUGCCGAACAAGAGAGGGAAGCUCACGGAAAGCUGUCACAGGGCGGCCGCGGUACACCCCUUGUUGUCGCUGGUCUUAAUGAGAAACGAGGUGUGUAUGUCGUGGUGGGCACAGGUGGUGGAGGUGGCCCAGACACGACAUUACUGGACAGAGAAGCCGCGAAGAAGCGCAAAGCCGAAAGAGAGGCCAAACUCAAGAAGAAGGAAGAGUCGCGUCUAGCAAAGCAAAAGGUACGAGAAGACAAACGGGCGGCUCGACGAGAUGCAGGUGAUGAUGAAGACGAACUUGAGACCGAGUCGGAGGAUUCGGAUAGCUCAGACUCGGACGUGUCAGAUGAUGAGGACGUCGAACAUGAAAAGGGCUACGGUCUCAACAAGUUUGGCAUUGCAUUCGAAAAAGCGGCGGAGGAGACGAAGGCCUCAUGGCGGGCUGAUAACUUCGACCGUUGUGUGAUAGAAAUAAAGAAGGAGGAUCUCGGUGGUUUCCUUGAGAGUCUCAGUAUGAAGGCUGUGGUGGGUUAG